UAACAUCAUUCGGCACACAACACUCGUUUUAUUUCCUUAGCAAAUAUUAUACUUAUUAGUCCUUUCUCAGCUUGCUUGCAUAGAAAAACAGCAAUGGUGAGCGUUCAGGAAGUUCUCAAAGCUCAACGUGCCGAAGGCCCAGCCACCGUCAUGGCAAUCGGAACGGCAACUCCUCCCAACUGUGUUGAUCAAAGCACCUAUCCUGACUAUUAUUUUCGCGUCACCAACAGUGAACACAAAACAGAGCUUAAAGAGAAGUUCAAGCGCAUGUGUGAAAAGUCUAUGAUCAAAAAACGAUACAUGUACUUGACUGAGGAGAUUUUAAAAGAAAACCCAAGUAUUUGUGAAUACAUGGCUCCUUCAUUGGACGCCAGGCAAGACAUGGUGGUAGUUGAGGUCCCAAAGCUAGGCAAAGAAGCUGCCACCAAGGCCAUUAGAGAAUGGGGUCAACCCAAAUCCAAAAUAACUCACUUGGUGUUCUGCACCACUAGCGGCGUUGACAUGCCUGGUGCUGACUACCAGCUCACCAAGCUCUUGGGUCUUCGUCCUUCUGUUAAGCGUUACAUGAUGUACCAACAAGGAUGCUUUGCUGGUGGCACGGUUCUUCGCCUUGCCAAAGACUUGGCUGAGAACAACAAAGGUGCUCGUGUCCUAGUAGUGUGCUCAGAAAUUACCGCUGUUACUUUCCGUGGUCCUAGUGACACCCAUCUUGAUAGUCUUGUGGGUCAAGCCUUGUUUGGCGAUGGUGCAGCCGCUGUCAUUGUUGGUUCUGACCCUGUGGUCGGAGUUGAGAAGCCCAUGUUUGAAUUAGUUUCUACUGCGCAAACAAUUUUGCCUGACAGUGACGGGGCUAUUGAUGGACAUCUUCGUGAAGUUGGGCUUACAUUUCACCUCUUGAAAGAUGUCCCGGGGCUUAUUUCAAAGAAUAUCGAGAAGAGUUUGGUUGAGGCAUUCAAACCUUUGGGUAUCUCCGAUUGGAACUCCCUUUUCUGGAUUGCACACCCUGGAGGACCUGCAAUUUUGGACCAAGUCGAACUCAAAUUGGGGCUUAAAGAAGAGAAAUUACUUGCCACAAGACAUAUUCUUUCUGAGUAUGGUAACAUGUCAAGUGCAUGUGUCUUGUUUAUUUUGGAUGAAAUGAGAAAGAAAUCGAUUGAAAAUGGAUUCAAGACCACAGGAGAGGGUCUUGAGUGGGGAGUUCUAUUUGGAUUUGGACCUGGGCUUACUGUUGAAACAGUCGUUCUUCACAGUGUUGCUACUGCUUAAAAACUUUGUUUGUUGUAUUGGAACUUCUCUAUCCUUGACCUUUUCUUUUAAUUUUUUUUAUGUUAUUUUGAUUUUUAAUUUUUCUCAAAAGAUGUAUGGUAUAACCAAAUGUAAUUCUAUCACGAAAAUAACACUGAAAUUGCUAUUUUAAUGAAUGAAUUAUUUACAAUUAAUUAUGUAAUUA